AUGGGUCGGCUGGAUGGGAAGAUCAUACUGCUGUCUGCAGCAGCACAGGGAAUUGGACGAGCAGCUGCUAUAGCUUUUGCUAAAGAAGGAGCCAAAGUCAUUGCUACAGACAUCAAUGAGUCUAAGCUGCGAGACCUGGAGAAAUAUCCAGGCAUUCAAAUACGGGUUCUGGAUGUCACCAAAAAGGAGCAGAUAGAAAAUCUGGCCAAGGAGAUUGAAAGGAUUGAUGUCCUCUGUAACAUUGCAGGGUUUGUUCAUCACGGAACCAUUCUGGAGUGUGAAGAGCAAGACUGGAACUUCACUAUGAACCUCAAUGUUCACAGCAUGUAUCUAAUGAUCAAGACAUUCCUUCCUAAGAUGCUUAAACAAAAAUCUGGAAAUAUUAUAAAUAUGUCUUCUGUGGCAUCCAGCAUUAAAGGAGUCGUGAACAGAUGUGUCUACAGUACUUCAAAGGCAGCGGUUAUUGGCCUGACAAAGUCUGUGGCUGCUGAUUUCAUUGAACGAGGCAUCAGAUGCAACUGUGUAUGUCCUGGAACUGUUGACACACCGUCUUUACAGGAAAGAAUCCAAGCCCGGCCUAACCCAGAACAGGCAUUGAACGACUUUCUAGCCAGACAGAAAACUGGCAGGAUGGCUACUGCUGAAGAAGUGGCCCAUCUCUUUGUGUACUUGGCCUCUGAUGAAUCUGCUUAUGUGACUGGUAAUGAACUAAUCAUCGAUGGAGGAUGGAGCUUGUGA